AUGGGAGAACUGUUGAUUCAUGCCUCUAUUAUGGCUAGCGUUCUGUACAUAGCAUUGGAUGGGUGGCAGCAAACUCGCAUCCACUGGUUGUUCUCUGUCUCAUCCGGCCUAGGUACGCUUCCAAUAUCACUGGGUACCGUCAAUGGUAUUGUGGCCGAAUGGACCAGAGACGGAGACAAGGAAAAGUCAUAUGAGGCUAAUAUGAACUUUGAAAUUCGUCGGCUGGGUCAUCCCUGA